ACCUGGACUGAGUGGGGUCCCGAGAGUGAGCUCCGGGUUGGGAGCGAGCUGGGACAGCGUGCCGGGCCGGCGGGCAGGGGCGGGCCGGGCCGGGCCCCGCGAUGGCGAUGUUCCGCAGCCUGGUGGCAUCGGCGCAACAGCGGCAGCACCCGCCGGCCGGGGCCCCAACCAGUGCCCCGCAGCCCCCUGCCGGGCCCGGCGCCGGCGGCGAAAGCGGCCUGGAGGCCCAGUACAGCUGCCCCAUCUGUCUGGAGGUCUACCACCGACCCGUGGCCAUCGGCAGCUGCGGACACACAUUCUGUGGGGAGUGUUUGCAGCCAUGUCUCCAGGUGCCAUCUCCACUCUGCCCACUCUGCCGAAUGCCCUUUGACCCAAAGAAAGUGGAUAAAGCCUCCAAUGUGGAAAAGCAGCUGUCAUCUUAUAAAGCUCCAUGCCGAGGCUGCAGCAAGAAGGUGACUCUUGCAAAGAUGAGAUCACACAUUUCUUCCUGUGUGAAGGUCCAGGAGCAGAUGGCCAGCUGUCCCAAGUUUGUCCCUGUAGUGCCGACGUCCCAGCCCAUUCCCUGCAACAUCCCAAACAGAUCUACCUUUGUCUGUCCAUACUGUGGAGCCCGAAAUCUGGACCAGCAGGAGCUGGUGAAGCACUGUAUGGAGAACCACCGCAGUGACCCCAACCGAGUGGUCUGUCCAAUCUGCUCUGCCAUGCCCUGGGGGGACCCCAGCUACAAGAGCGCCAAUUUCCUGCAGCACCUGCUCCAUCGACACAAAUUCUCCUAUGACACCUUUGUGGACUACAACAUCGAUGAAGAAGCGGCGUUUCAGGCGGCCCUGGCGCUGUCCCUCUCUGAGAACUGAAGGCGGCCCUGGCUGUCCCACGUGGAGGGACAAGAGGCUCGCUCGUUCCUCAGGCCUCCCCGCACCUUGAUUUGAAUUGCACCUUUUGUCACUAGUUGAGCAGGCCGAGCCCAGGGGUCCGCCCUCAGCACCCUCCCGGGAGGGGGGAUUGAUGCACCUUUUACUGUUCGAAGGUUCAGCCGGUGAGCUCUCUUCUGGCUAGAGUUGAUUUGUUUGAUGUUUGGAGACCCAGGUGAUGCCUAAAGAGCAGCUGAGUGGAGGGAGGGAUGUUGGCUCUGGCAAACAGAGCAUCCGGUUGUCUUCUUUUUUUUCCUGAACACUGGUCUGGCUUUCAUGCUUCUAAAGACUAGAUGGAGAGCCCUGACUCUGUCAUUGCUGAUCCGGACAGGUUAGAUCCAUUUAAGGGGAGCAGAGUCCUAACAUCUAGCAUCCAGUAAAAUUUCCACCUUGCUCAUUUGGUACCAGCUUUUGUGAUACUUAGAGAUUCUGGCAUUUUUCUAUAUUAACCAGUGUGAUAAUCUUUUCACAUUUUAUAGAGUGAGGAAAAAGCAGUUACUCUUCAUAUUGCAAUAUCUGUGUUUGACUAGGAACAAUAGUAUUUUUAUGGAACAUUUAAAAAUAUAUAUAUAUUUUUUAAAAAAUCAAAAAAUAAACCCUAGUAUAGGAUCAGCAUUGGGGGCAUGAUAGGGAGCCUGGGUAAGCCAGAACCAAACGUGCUUAUGUGAUUUUUGAGAUGGCCAUGUUCAUUAGAUUAUUUUUAUAUUUUUAAAGGUUUUCGCUGUGUCUGUUUACCUUUUGCUUAAUCAAAAAAGAGGCUCCCAGCUCCAUGUGCAAGCAGUGAUGCUACUGGGGUAUCAGGUACCGGGGCCUCAAUGGAUCUUCACAGCGGAGUUGCUCCCAGAUUUAGGAGAAGACUAGACAAGAAGGGAAAAUAGAGGUAAAGAGGUGGCUCCCCAGUCCCUUUUUAUCACCUUUCCAAAGAGAUGACUGGAAUUCUCAGGCAAAGGCUUGGGGACAGCCUCACUGAAUGAAUGGGGUCUGUAGCCUCCCAAUGGGUCAGGGAAGCAGCUGUGAGGAGCCAUGGACCAUUUUUCCUAGCUGAUAUCUGCGCUCAGCAUUGGGAUUUGGGAAGAAGUUCGUUAAGCUUUCUGGUUUGUUUACUGAUGUAAAUUAUUGUUUUCUUUUUUAAAAAAUGAAAUAAAAAAUUUCAGAGCAUCUACA